UUAAAACGGUAGUCCACACGUGGUGUCUAGUGGAUUCGCAACGACGAUUUCAUCCUUGGCUUCUCGUAUGUUCGCUACCGACUCCUCCAGCCUCCUCCAUGCUUACAAAUCUCGCGCCACUUCACUGCUCUUUAACUUCUCUUUCCACUGCACUGAAGGCUCAUCCUUGUUAACGCAAAACAAUGGUGAAAGCUGUUGCUGUUCUCGAGAGCAAUCAGGGAGUGAAGGGAACCGUCUUCUUUAACCAAAAUGGCAAUGGUAGCUCAAAUCGUAGUUUGAAANUUCUUUUCCUUGUUUAGGAUUAAUUUGACAUGAUUGUAAAGAUUGUUACCGUCUAUUAUACAGGUACUGCUACUUUCUCUAUUAUUGACAAACAGAUUUCCCUUGUUGGACCAAAUUCCGUUCUUGGAAGAUCUAUUGUUGUCCACGCCGAUCCCGAUGAUCUUGGCAGGGGUCAAACCGAACUUAGCCUGACCACUGGCAAUGCGGGUGAGAGAAUUGCUUGUGGCGUUAUCGGGCUGCAAGAUGUAUUCAACUUGGUAUGUGAAAAGUUUGACAUGAUUGUAAAGAUUGUUACCGUCUAUUAUACAGGUACUGCUACUUUCUCUAUUAUUGACAAACAGAUUUCCCUUGUUGGACCAAAUUCCGUUCUUGGAAGAUCUAUUGUUGUCCACGCCGAUCCCGAUGAUCUUGGCAGGGGUCAAACCGAACUUAGCCUGACCACUGGCAAUGCGGGUGAGAGAAUUGCUUGUGGCGUUAUCGGGCUGCAAGAGUGAAGUACAUUUCGACCGCCAUGGUUUAAUGAUGAGCGAUGAAGUAGCGGAGUAUGCAAAGCUAUACUUUGGUUUCCAACACAUAUGCAGUGUAUUCAACUUGGUAUGUGAAAAGGUAUGAAAAGGCAUGGUGAAGUUGGAAGUCUUAUAUCAGAAGUAAAUAAGAUUAGAGUUCAUUGUAUCAAUACUCCACUUCAUACAGAUUUACAUUAUAAACAAAUGAUAUUUUGCUCCUU